ACGCGUUCACUUCCGAGACGUCCUUGGCUCAAGAACCUGCACUGGUACAUGCUCAGCAAUCUACUGAUGUCUGGUUCAGUGCCUUCAAUGGCAUCUCUUCUCCCAUCCGAAGUGGUAACAGAGAAGGGCCGGAACGUAACGGGAUGCCACAGUAGGACUAUCCACAGAGUAUAUUAAACAACCAGGAGCGGACAACAAGGGCUUUGUCUGUCUUAACACAACAGCAUGAAUGCAAUCAGGAAGAAGAGAUUUUUAGUAUCCUGCUUCUGCUUGAUGGCCGUCUUUUUUCUUCUUGUCACUCUUCAGGUGGUCGUAGAACUUGGCAGAUCUGAAAGGUUGAGGUCAGAAAAUGCAGUUUCUCGAAAUAAUGCCUUUGAAAAGGAAGAGUUGCACAAACAUGCCCCUUUGUUUCUAAAGCAGCCAGACGUUCAUAGCAAUACAAAAAGGAUUUUGGAGAAAGACGGAUAUCCCAUCUUGCUGUGGUGGUCUCCACUGACAGGAGAGACUGGGCGACUGGGUCGGUGUGGGGACGACACCUGUUUCUUUACUAUCAACAGGACUUAUCAGCAGGAGCCUAUGACAAAAGCAUUUCUGUUUUAUGGUACCGACUUCAGCAUAGAUGGCUUGCCUCUGCCUCGUGAAGACCACCAUGACUGGGCCCUUUUCCAUGAAGAGUCACCUAAAAACAAUUACAAGCUUUUCCAGAGACCUGUCAUCACCCUGUUUAACCACACUGCCACUUUCAGCCGCCACUCUCAUCUCCCACUGACCACUCAGUACCUUGAGAAUAUUGAGGCCUUAACGUCCUUGAAGCAUGUGAUUUCUUUGCAAAAAAAGAACAGCCUGAGGCAGACGUUGGCACCACUUGUCUAUGUACAGUCAGACUGUGACCCGCCAUCUGACCGAGACAGUUACAUAAAGGAACUAAUGACCCACAUUGAGGUGGACUCCUACGGGGCCUGCUUGCAUAACAGAGAUCUGCCUGAGCAUCUCAGGGACCCAGCCUACAUGGACAGUGAUGAGUUUUACGAAGUUCUUGCUCAGUAUAAAUUCAUCCUGGCUUUUGAAAAUGCCAUCUGUGAAGAUUAUAUCACUGAGAAACUCUGGAGGCCCCUGAAGCUGGGAGUGGUACCUGUUUAUUAUGGCUCUCCCAGUAUUGGCGACUGGCUUCCAAGCAAUAAGAGUGCGGUUCUGGUCACGGCGUUCUCACAUCCGAAGGACCUGGCCAGGUACAUCCAAGUAUUGGACACGGAUGACAAGGAAUACGAGGCUUACCUAGAGUGGAAGCUGAAAGGUGACAUCUCCAACAAGCGGCUGCUGGCUGCUAUCAAGGAGCGCACGUGGGGAGUGCAAGAUAUCAUGAAGGACAAUUACAUAGAUGCCUUUGAGUGCAUGGUGUGCACUAGAGUAUGGGAAAAUAUCAGAAGACAAGCAAAGGGAAUGUUACCAAUGAGGUGGAAUGCAGAAGCCAACCAUUUGAGCUGCCCCAGACCUCAGGUGUUCCCUUUUCCCUUUCCAAAUACGCACAGAACGGCUUUACAGGAGAUGUGGAUACCAAGCUUUGAACAGUCUAAAAAAGAAGCUCGUGCACUGCGGCAGCUGGUGGAGAGGAACCGGAAUUUCACCGCUCAGGAGUUCUGGAGCCUGGUGUUUCGGGAAUGAAUUUAGAAGAUCACGGGCUCUUGACUUAAGCCAAGAAAAAAACAGCAACCGACAAGAAAAGAGCCACCCAGGAAAA